GAUAAUGAUAUGCAAGUGGCAGAAUGAAUGGCAAUCUCGGCUAUUUCUUUGUACGAAGUCAUUCACUAGGUUCAAAUUCACAGUUUCCGUUUUGUUAAGCAUUUCUUAAAUAAUUAAUUAAAUAUGAAACCAGCCACAUCUUCAUCCAGUAAAACCACACCUUCUCCAUCUGCAUCUCCACCCAUUAAAAGAAAAAAAGUGCAAAGUGGGACGGAAUCCCAAAGGAAAGGAUGUACGCUUCUUCUCACAGGUUUGGCAAAAUCUGGAAAAUCUUCAAUUUCCAAUGAGCUAACCCAGAUGCUAAAAAACAGUGGCAAUCCUGUCAAACAACUUGACGGAAAAAAGAUGAGAGGUGGACUCUGCAAAGAGUUGGAUUUGGGCCAACCCCACCAUCGUUCUUCUUUUGUUCAUUUGGUCAGUGAAGCUGCCAAAUUAUUUACAGAGGAAGGCUUCAUCACUAUAAUUAGCAUUGUUGCUCCCCUUUCACAAGAUAGAGAGAAAGCACGACUUUCCCACCAAGAGUCCAAUUUGGCAUUUCUCGACGUUUUUGUGGAUCGUCCCAAAGAGGAAUGCGAGAGAUUAACUGGAUUAUUGAGAAAUGGUUUAAACAUUGGUGCACCUAUUGAUGCCAAUUACGAAGCCCCCACAUCUGCUGAUCUCCAUCUGAAACCAAGCGGGAGAAGCACUGCAUCGAUGUGCAAGGAGAUAGUUGACACUCUUAUAGCAAACAAUAUAAUUCCACAACCACACAUUCCACUUAUGCUCCCACCACCUUCUCCUACUUCUCAUAUGCAACCAAGUCCUUCUCCAUCGUCAAAUUAUGACGCUUCAUCCACUGCAGAGGAUGAUGAUGACGAUGAAUAUGAUGGAAAUGUCAGCAACGUCAAGUUCAAGUUGCCGCAAAAGAAAUCGGCACUACUUGCAAUCUUCAACUACUGCAAAGGAGAAAUUAUCAGGAGGAGAAAGUUACAAAAUAACCAUGCAGAAUUGAAGGACGAAGAUGUGGACAAGGAUCCAAUGUUUCUCAUCAUCAUGAAUGAAUGGAAGAGCCAUUAUGAGACAAAUGUUGGUGAAGAAAGGUUCUUCCCCGUCCUUAUUCCUCAACCAGCAAAGAAAAAAAAAGCUACAUCCACAACUACUCCAAAGAAAGGCACCAAGACGCCAGUAAAAGAGAAACAGGAUGAAUUUAUUCCUUUUUACUGGGACGGAGAAACCAUCAAGUUUGGAAAAAUAGGCCCAAAACAAGCAUUUCCUCCUCAAACGAAAUGUCGACAUUGUUGGCAGGACACAAGACAUUGCAAAACCAUUGGUACAAGCAAUUUACAUUUUGCAGUAUUGCAAGAUAAUCAUGCAUCAGUGACCACCGUCAUGAUGCAACAGCAGCUACGGAAUAAACAGGAGUGGACAAACGAUUUAGUAAGAAAAAUUGGGACUUCAUCUAAUAUGACACUUUUACUCAAAUAUUUGGACACUCACCCUAACACUCUUUUCACUGAGAAAUACGCCAAAUCCCUUACGACAUCUUCAUUGGAAAGGUUGCCAAUAAUACAUACUGUCAAAUUAUCCACUGCCUUAAUCUGCCUCGUCCGUAACUUGAAGAGAUUAGAAGAUGUAACCCUCAUUCAACCCCAUGAACUACUUCAAAGUCGAAUCGACAUGAAGUCUGCUAAUUUGGAUGUGAUUGAGCGAACAUUAAAUGAAAACGGCAUUACUUUUACCGUGAGUGAUGAUGAAACUCAACCACCAUUGAUGAAUGAAGAUGUUUUCUCCUGGGGUUUACCCUACGUGUAUUGUGGAAAUGAGCCUGAUAGUACAAUCAGUAUCGGAUUGAAAGUUGCAACUGGUGGUUCAGUUGGAAGUGAUUAUACCCAUAGCGAUGCUUUCUCUGCCGGAAUUCUGUACCAAACUCCAUUGACCCCUACUCAAGUCGAAAUUGCAGAUUUCGUCGCCCCUACUACUCCUCGAGAUACGUGGACCUCUCAACAAGUAACACUUGUUGAUGCGAAACCGGCUCUUCGGGAAAAAGUUGCGGCUGAUUGUAAGAGGAAGGAAGCAUUAGGAAUUACAGCUCUUUUGAUUGCACAAAUGAAAGGCGAAUCCCGUGAUGGCAUCUCUAUUAUUCGGAACAACCAACACUAUGAGCAUAUCAAUACUGCAGAAGAGGGAGAUCUUUUGUACAUACAACAAGUGUUCAAAUUCUUAACAGGCCGUGCACUCUCUAUUUCUACUACUAAUUCAAAUGAUUUGAGUUUCAAUGAUGAAUUUAUUAAUUGAGUCAGUACUUAUUCUAUGAAUUGUUAAUAAAUGAAAUCACAUACCUUGGACAAGUUCAGGUACAAGAGUUCGAUGACCGGCAGCAAGAGUUGACACGCCUACCACGUGUACGUCAGCGUCUACAGCUUGCUGAGCAACUUCAUCUUUAAGUACAUAGAUAAAAGUAUUAAUAUACUGUGUACAAGAAUAUGUUAAUAUAUACAAAAUUUAAGCUUGGAGGUUGAAAAGCUAUUGAUUCUGUAAGGAUCAGUAGAAAACCAGCGAAUUAAUCUGCUGGACUAGGCCUAAAGUUAUUAUUAAAGGAAUGCAAAUAGUAGCUCAUCAUUGACGGUGUCUAAAUUUCCGCUUAUAAACCCCCAGAUUUCAUUAGGACUACCUGGCGUUUGAAACAGUGGACCAAUAUCAACAUCAAACCUAAAAGUUAACGUAAACACCCAUAAUGAUUUUAACCUCUGCAAAUAUGAUAUGUAAAAUUUAUAAUGCUAUAAUUAAAUAAAGUAUUUUAAUAGUACCCUAAAUCCGCAAAACCAGUUGCAAUGACCUAGAAAUAGGAAGACUUAAAUAUAGUAAUGAAUAUAUCAAAUAUAACAAACUUGUAUAUUUUACUUCUGUACCUUAGCACCUCGGUCGUGCCCGUCUUGGCCCAUUUUGGCAACAAGGAUUCUAGGACGUCUCCCUUCAACAUCUUGAAACUCAUCAAUCUAUAAAACAUAAUGAAAUCCAAUUCAUACUAUGUAUACCUAGGAUUAUAUGCCAAAUAAAAUUAUUUACCCGA